AUGUCUGCAGCUACAGCCCCCAAGAUGGAGCAGUUCGAAUUCCACGAUCCAUCCACGCGCUCCAACUGGCGAGUCUGCUCUCCCGGCAUCGAGGAAAUGACACUAAACGAAGACACGUUGAAUGGCCGCAAGUCAAUACUGCAGCGAUGGCAGCCGGGAGCAACCAAUCCAACAUCGAGUCCCAUGGUGCACACCUACAUCGAGGAGGUCUACAUCGUCGAAGGCGAUCUUACGGAUAAGAGGCUGGACCAGACCUUUUACAAGGGCAUGUAUGCAUACCGCAACGCCGGCAUGGAGCAUGGGCCCUGGGCCUCGGAGCGCGGGUGCCUUAUGUUUGUCACUUGCACGCCGGUGGAUAGUGGUAAGCGAUAG